AUGGACACCCCACUUAGGCGGAUUGACCGGACAAUCGAACAGAUACAGGACACUCUCGAGGCAUCUAAACGAACGAGUAUCCUGCAGUGGCUCUCUGCUGAGCCAUACCAAAAGCACCACAAGCAGGCUCGAUCGGACUUUCUGUCCGGCACCGGAGCCUGGUUGCUUGCUGAUCCUGUGUACAGGAAGUGGAAGGAUGAGAGCGCUUCAUCUAUCCUGUGGCUACAUGGUAUUCCAGGAUCUGGAAAGAGUAAAUUGGUGUCGGCUGUUAUCGAAGACACCCUGCAGAGUUCCCAGACCGGCCAAUCGCCUCUUCCUGUCUAUUUCUACUGCUCACGAAAUCCUGCUGAGCCGACUCGAUCCAUCCCUAGCGAGGUUAUCGCUAGCAUAGCUCGUCAACUGGCACGCACUAGUCCAACAGGCCCGUUGCUGCCACCGGCGAUUGCAAUGUACGAAGAGCAAGAGGUUCAGGGCUUUGCAGCAGAGCGUCUGACCCUGGAUGAGAGUCAAUCGUUGAUAAUUGAUCUACUCGCACUGCACCCAGUUGCUACUAUCAUCAUUGACGCACUCGACGAAUGCGACCCUGACACCAGAGCAGAUAUCUUAGACGUGUUCACCAAUGUUUUACAUAAUUCGUCAACUCUCGUGAAACUGUUCGUCUCCAGCCGUGACGAUCAAGACAUUGUCUACCAGUUAAAGGAUUAUCCGAAUCUGGAGCUCUCCUCAGACAAGAACUCGGCAGAUAUCGUUCACUUUGUGCGAUCGGAAGCGGAUAGACUCAUCGCUCGGAAAAUGCUGCUGAGAUCAAGCUCGAACAGGACCGAGAUGAGAAAGGCCAUAGUAGCAAAGGUCAGCGAAGAUGCUAAUGGGAUGUUCCGUUGGGCCAGUCUACAGCUGCAGGCUUUGUGCCAGCUGAAAACAGACAAAGCGAUUCGGGAGAGAAUUGGAAAGAAUCCACCGCAGCUUGAGGAGCUAUAUCAGGAGAUAAUGAGUAGAAUUGAACACUAUCCUGCGAAUUCCGACAGGCAAUAUGCAAUGAGCGCUUUCAGGUGGUUACUUUACGUGCGCCGAAGACUCGAUCAGGCCGAAUUUCUUGCGGCAGUGUCGACUCAGGUUGGAUCAUCAACGACUCUACUCUCAUUGGAACAGGUCUUGGACCUGUGCUGCAACCUCGUUAUAUUCGACAUUACUCUGAACACGUUCAGAUUCGCCCACUUAUCUGUCCGAGAGUUCCUCCAAAACCAGGCUAGCCUCCGUGCCAAUGCCUCGCAUGGCAUAGCAGCCGAAGUUUGUCUAUUGAGUAUAAUCAUGCGAUCGGAUGGUGACGAAACCCGGAAUUUCCUUUCUCGUUGGAACUAUCCCGAGCCCGACCGAGACGUGCUCUCAACGUUGUACGACUACGCAGAUGCAUUUUGGGCAGUACAUUGCCAGAACGCAGGUUGCAUGCGCCUUAGUGGGAAUCUCCAGGCAUUACUCUCGUACUUUAUGGCGUACGAUGAUAGCGGGAGCCCACCAUUCCGCAUUUGGCAUGCGGUAUUGCGCAGGACCCUGGCACAGCUCGGCUCCUUCAACCGAUUGCAUUACCGACUGAGAUGCUGUAGGAGUGCACCAAUCUCUCCUGUAUUCACAGCAUGCUGUUUUGAUCUGGCUGAGCUUCUCCCAUCAAGGGAAAUGAACCAUGUCCUUAAUCAGGGGCUUCGAGCCAGAUGUGGUAAUACGUGUCUAGAGCUGGCAGUUCGGUUCGAUGCCCAAAGAUGCCUUGAUCAGCUGUUGCCUACACAGUGGGACUCGACUUCACACAGUGUACUUUCGUUCGCCAUCCAGGAAGGCACUAGUAAGUCCUUGGAACGCCUGUUGGGCCAGAAGGAACAAGAAGCACGAAUCACGGAAAACAGCUUAAUGGCUGCAGCAACGAAUAACCAGGAUGGUGCGAAUAUUAUGGCGCUUCUUGUCUCAGCCUUCAGUCCCCGCCUGAAGAUAUCUGCAGCUUUCCUUCGAGACAUCACAUCCUUGAUUCAAAGUGAGACGGUUGAUGGGCAACGCGCGGUGCUGCUGCUAAGACCGUUACAAUCCUGUGAUCCCGAGCGGUUCCGGGCAAGCAUAUCCAGCUCUGUGCUAGAGCUUGCUACCAAGGGAUAUGCACCCGAACUAUUGGAGUUUUUCCUAGACUUGGGUGUGGACCAUUCUCACGUCACCUCAAGUGUUAUGAAGUCUGCAGUGUCAAAUCCGCAUCACGCCUUCCGCAUGGCUGAGAGAUUGUUGGCAAGUCAUAGAGACUACAUAGUGGUAUCUGAAGACAUCAUGGUCGCUGCCUGCCACAACCUGUCCCCCGGUAGAGAGCUCAUCAAGCUUCUCAUGGAGAGAUCAAGGUACCCUGUUUCGGUGACCGAAAGCGUCGUUAUUUCUGCAUGCAAGAAUGAAAUACAUGGAACCGACCUCGUCGAGCUGCUAAUAAACAAGUCUGGAGACUCUCUAUCCCCUACAGGGGCCAUGGUCAUUGCCGCGUGUGGGAAUAUGAGCCAAGGCCUUGACCUCGUUUUGAUGUUAAUGACACAAUUCAAAGAGCCGGUACCCGUGACCGAGGACAUCAUUAUUGCCGCCUGUCAUGCUCAAGUUCGACAUCAACAAAUACUACAGUACCUAUUUGAUCAUCAUGUGCAAGGCCAGUUCCAGUUGACUGAAAGGUUGAUUGGGGCCGUUCUAGCUAAGCCGCUCAACAUCGACACAACGAUCCCAUUUCUUUUCGAUCAAUGUGAUACUAGCCUAUAUGUCACAGGAAAUGCGCCCGUCAAAGCGACUCGGCCUGGUUUUGAGACCGCGGAGAAAUUGAUUGAAUGUGCCGCACGGGGAAGCACGUGGAACGGUGUCACGGUCAUGAAAAAACUACUUGCACGUCAGGAAGUCGCCAUUACACACGCUGCCCUUCUGGCUGCUACCAGUAACUCCGACUGCGGAUUUGACAUCAUGUCUCUUUUUUGCGAUAGGCUUGGAUCAAAUCUCAAUGUCACCGGAGACCUACUCAUGGCGGCCGUAUCCCAAGGGUCCCAUCAGCUAUUCAGACUGUUGUUGGACAAAGCAACCGGGGAGUACUCUGUAUCGGAGCGACUACUACUAAUAGCGGCGACCAAUUGGCAUGCUAGCCCGGAGAUGCUGGUGGUUUUGUUACGCCCCGGAAUCGAAAUCACCGAGGAUGUCCUAAUUGCUGUGGGCCGGAUUUGGGAACCAGGACAACUUAUCACAUUCUUGACCAAGUAUCCCACGGCCAAGUUGCAGGUCACCAAGUAUUUCAUCAUGGCAGCAGCACGCCAUAAUCGGAAAUCAACACUCCUUGCCUUCCUUGACCAUGAGUCAAUCCUGUCGGCCCAUUUCGAGGAAUCGUGCUUGAUAGCAGCUGCUGGGAAUCGUCAUAUGAGUACAGCAACAAACUAUAUGCUGAACGGCACCUUGGGCAAUUUCGUUGUCACACCUGCAGUGAUCAAGGCUGCCUGUACCAACGAUGUGAAUGGACUCGAUUACCUUGACUACCUCCUCAAAAAGUCCGAGAAUAAGAUCCCUCUCAAUGAGGAUAUACUUUGUGCAGCAGCUGCAAAUGAAGCACAAGGAUUCGACCUUCUCCUGCUUCUUUUACAAUAUCAACCAGAGUCCUUUCACAUCACUGAGGACCUUCUCAACACCGCCGCAAGAAACGAAGAACGAGGGACGAAGAUCUUGGAUCUUCUCUCUGAACGAUGUGUGGAUCGGUCCACCAUCACCGAUAAACUACUACAAACUGCCAUGCUUUUUAGACCGCACGACAUCCCGACCUUGGCCUUGAGCGACGGUAAUCCACACGGUCGAAUUAGCGAGGAAACCCUGGUUUUUGCUGCCCGGUAUUCCAACCCCAACAUCCUCUCCAAGCUCCUGAAGCCCUCCAACCAGCAAAUAACUGGGGCUGUCCUCGAGGCCGCCGCCCGAAACGUGAAUGGAAUAGCGAUGCUCACCUGGUUUCUCGACCGGCCCUUUGAUCCAGCGGUAAUUACGCCGGUCCUCGUCGCUGCUGCUACACAGAACGCCCGACACGGCGAAGAUCUUAUUGGUUAUCUCCAGUCAAAGUACCCUGAUCAGACGCGCGCCGCGGUCACUGAACAGGUUGUGCUCGCUGCCGCGUCUUCGAGGCAGAUUAGUUUUCUAGAUAUGCUUGAGAAGCGUUACUCGAUAAGUGUAACGGAGGAACACAGGUCCAUUGCACGAUUACGCCAUGCUUCUCUUACCAACGACCUGAGGACCGUCCAAGAUCUGCUAGCGACAGGUGUCCACCCCGAUUAUCCGGACGGUGCAGGUCGAACUCCCCUGCGACUUGCAAGUAAAAAGGGAUACCUGAAGAUUGUCCAGGCACUGAUCGGAACAGGGCAGGUGGACGUGAAUGCACAAGAUGAUCUAGGACAGACACCACUGUUAGUGGCUGUCUUGCAUGAGCACCACGACCUUAUUUACCCUUUGAUGGAGGCAGGCGCAGAUCCUGAUCUCAAGGACUCUUGCAGUGAUACGCCUUAUUCGGUCGCGGAAAAGGCUGGCGACUACAUCUCCCUGCGACGACUGCGGGAGGGGGCGAAGUUGCGAGCCGUUCGGGAGAUUCAGAAAUGA